ACCACGCCCCCUACCAAAGGUGGAGCCAAUCAGGAGCCAGAGCUGGAAUCUUGGCUUAGCCCAGUUGAGGAGGAGGAGGAGGAGUCAAAAUUCGGUCCUGACGUUUCAUUGGACCAGACGGGGAGUAUGUUCGCAGGCAACAGCCAAGCGGAGGACAGCGUCACGGUCAUCGAGGACAUCCACAUUCAGAAGGAGCACCACCGCCAGACGUACCGCCUGCUGAAGAGGAAGAACGUGAUUGUGGAAGCUGUUCAGAGCCUCAAGAUCAUAGAGGGCCUCUUCACAAUCCAGAGGUUGGUUCAGGAUGAGGAGAAGCUAGAUGGUGUGAACACUAAGUGUUGUAGGAAGUCUAUCCUGCGUCUCAUCAGAUCUCUGUCUAAAGAGGGAAUGCUCAAACUGUUCAGAACCACUGUUAUACAGGACGGAGUCAGCAAGAAGGUGGAGUUUAUAGUCCACCCCUCUGUCUCUCCUAGUGAUGCUUUAGUGAAGUCGGCUAUAGAACAGGUCCGCUUCCGCAUCUCCAGCUCCUACCCUGCUGCACGUAAUGAAAUGCAGGAAGAGGCGAAGGAGAGAGAGAGGAGCAGUGUGGGAAAUGAGGUCCCUGCUGAAUCCCAGAAUAUGAGAACAGAGGACAAGAUGGGAGACAAAGACAAACAACUGAAGAACUUCAAACCUUCUAUAGUUCCAGGUCUCAGCAGGUCUUUGGGGUACCAGCCUAAGAUGCCUCGUCUGAGACUGACACACACCUUCUUGUGGUAUCUGGUCUACGGACACCCCCUGAGACACCCCUCUACCCCCACUCCCCCUGACCUCCACAACACCUCCAGCUCUAUCGUCCUCCCCACUGAUAACCCUGGUGUCCAGACUACCUACCCCACCACCCCCAGUAACCCCUCACAACCCCAAACUACACACCCUGACGACACCCAUCCUUCUAGCUCUGAACACACAGACCUUACCACUUCAACCCCCCGAAACACAGACUCCCCCAAUCCCCAGAACUCAGACCUCCCCACCUCAACCCCCCGAAACACAGACUCCCCCAAUCCCCAGAACUCAGACCUCCCCACCUCAACCCCCGAACACAGACUCCCCCAAUCCCCAGAACUCAGACAACUCAGACCUCCCCACCUCAACCCCCAAACACAGACUCCCCAAUCCCCAGAACUCAGACCUCCCCACCUCAACCCCCGAAACACAGACUCCCCCAAUCCCCAGAACUCGGACCUCCCCGACACCCAGAGCCCACCCACUGACAACGCUGCAGUAAGCGACCCCGCCUCCACAGAGGGACAGCCAGGCCUGACCCCUGACCCGGAAGUGAUGUCAUCGUUGGCGGAGGAAGGGCAGGACGUGAUCAAUCUGACAGAUGUCGGACACGACCCUGACAUGAAAGUCUAUGUAGAUGAGGUGUCUUGGAGGAGGUUCAUCCCCCCGGCUCCGGUCCACAGGGAGUUUGGUCCAGGCUGGGCCCUGACCUCUGAUGUUGUUCUCUGUCUGCCUCUCUCCAUCUACAUUCAGAUUAUACAGAUAUCCUUCAAGGUGGAUGGUUUGGAGGAGUAUCUGAACGACCCAGUGAAGCAGCACUACCUCAUCAGGUUCCUGCCUUCUAGGAUGAAGACCCAACUACUGCACAAACGGAAGUACAUCUUUAGUUUCCAUGACAGCAUGCAGCGUCUGAUUUUCAUGGGUCUGCUGCAGUUUGGCCCGGUGGAGAAGUUCCAAGACAAAGACCAGGUGUACCUGUAUGUGAAGCGUAACUGUAUGAUAGUAGACACUACUAUGUGUGAGCCCCACUAUAACCUGGUGUUGGAGACGAGGGUGUUUGAGAGACGCAGAUACACACUGAACACCCUGACAGACGUAGAUAACUACUGGUUUGACCUGAUGUGUGUCUGCCUCAACACACCACUUGGCGUGAUCAGGAAGGAGCGUCCGAAGAGAAGCUCUGCCUCUAAAUCCCAGGAGGGGCCAGUCGGGGUUCCCGUGGAAACAGACCGCCACAAGUUCCGUCACCUGGAUCACAUGCUCAAGGGCAGCAGGGAGGUGUGUUACACAGCAGUAAUACCAGGGGACGGUGAAGGAGCAGGAGGUCUGGACUCUGAGUUCUUCGGACACCUCAAACGCAACUGGAUUUGGACCUGUCAUCUGAUGAGAACCAAGAGGAGCAACAACCAGUACGAGUCCAGUAACACCGUGAGACUGAAUAGUCUACUGACCAAACAUGUGACCAUGGAUAGAGGCCCCAAGUUCCCCGGGCCCCAGUCCUCUAAGCAGGGGGUCCCAGCAGGGUUGAGGUUGGAGGAGGUCCACAUCUCCACUGAGCCGUCCAGUCGGAACCGGCUGGUUAAAGGAGGGAAGAAGCAGAAGAGGAAGAGAACCAUUAAACUGAAAAAACAGGCCAAAACACCACAGAAGAAGAAGAAAGUCGAGGUUAGAAAGCGGCCCCCAGUCCAUGAUGCAGCAGACCACAAAGCUCUGAUGAUGAUGACCAGACAGAGAGUAACAUGGAGCGUCAGCGAGGACUCUGUACUCAUCCUCUGUAGAGUCGCUUCACACUUCCUGAACCGCAAGCUCCGCAGGCCCUUCGUCCCGUGGUGUGUAGUGAGGGAUCUGCUCCACGCAGAGUUUGAAGAGUCUCUGGAUAAAACCUCUCCGUCUGUUGGACGACGAUCACGUUACAUCCUGAAGAACCCACAGACAUACCUCAACUACAAGAUCUGUCUGGCGGAGGUGUACCAGGACAAGCCUCUGAUAGCGAAACUUCAGGGAAGGAAACACGACCCCAACGACCCCAAGGAAUGUUCUACAGUGUUCCGGGAGUUUGUGUCGUUACUCAGACAGAAGUUCAGCUCCGCCUCCGGGUCGUGUGAUGUCACCAUCCCUGACACCAAGACACAGCUGUUCUCACGGUUCAAGGUGUACACCCUGGAGGACAUGUCAGAUGAGAAGACCAAGGACUCUCUCAACAGUAUUGAGGACAUCCACUCCCUGGUGUUGAAUAAUCUGAUCCAGAGUACAUUGGCCAUGUCCAACUCUCAGAUGAAAUGCUGCCGAUCUUUCCAGACCUUCCAUACCUACAGUAGGUACCGUCAGGAGGUUCUGUGUCAGGUGUUUGUCCAGUGCAGGAAGAAGGGAUUGGUCAACAGGCGAAGGAUCAGUCAACUGUGUGGCCCCAAUAAGAACCGUGCCCUACCCAUCCUGCCCAUGUCUUACCAACUGUCUCAGAGCUACUACAGGUGUUUUACAUGGCGUCUGCCCACGGGUCUGUGUACAGAGGUGUUUGACUUCAUGCAGGCCUUGAGUGAGAACGGGACUGGAGACAACCACCCUUCCACGGUCUUCAUACACGAAGGGAAGGAGAAGUGGGAGAGCAUGGAGAGAGGGGAGGUGGGCAUGGAGAGAGGGGAGGAGAGAAGUGAGAAGAAUAAGGAAAGAGGGGAGGAGGAGAGAGAAAAAGAGAAAGAUGAAGAUAUGGAGACAGAAGACAGAGGGAAGAACACAGAGAACGAGGAGGAGAACGAGGACAACGCGGCCCACAACCAAGCGGAAGAACAGGUCUCGUCUUUUACCGUCCAUGGAGUUGAGUCUACCUCCGGGGGCCCUGCCUCCUGUCCUCUCACCCAGACGGAGGAGCCGGAGUCGGGGACAGCACCCGGCCUUGACCGCUCUCUCCCUCUGGAUCUCACGGAGAUGUUGCAGUUCUCCCUGGAGUCCCCGGGGGGCGCCACUCUGGCCUGUCUCAGUCUGAUGACUCUGGGUCUGCUGUCAGUCCACGUCUCCAUACCUGAACACAUAGUGGUGUUGGACAGCACCAUGGUGGACAAUGAGGUGGUUAAGAGUAUCUCAGUGCUGGCUGAGGAUGAUGAUGAUGAAGAGGAGAACGAGGGGCGGAGUCGGAUCGAGGUGAGGGCUCACAAGGCGUCCCACACCAAGUACCUGAUGAUGCGUGGAUACUGCGUUCCCGGGAUCGUCAACCUCCGAAACCUCAACACCAACGAUAGUAUCGUGGUGGAAUCGUGCACCAUGAGACUACAUCUACGACACACACCUGUACACACACUGUUUACUACCCAGGACUCUCCUCCCAUAGACUUCUCCAGACACGGUCCCUCUCUCCUCCCCUCUUUACUCUCCCAUUCCCUCAGAGCCCAUCCCUCCUCCUCCUCCUCUCCCUCCUCCUCCCCCCUCCCCUUCUCCCCCUCCUCCUCCGUAGAGGUGUGUGAGGGGCGUCUGGUGACUCAGAGAGGGUAUAGCCCAGAGGACAUUGGUGCUGUGGCAGAGCUCAGAGCAACGCUGGAGAGACACGGAGCCUUCGGAUUGGACAGGCGGGACCUGGUGACAUCACACACACACCUGGCCGACCCGAGAGACGGACGGACCAGAGGUCUGCAGCGGUACAUACAGGACUUGCUGGAGGAAGAGCUGGUGUUGGAGGUGGGAGGGAGCUCAGUGCGUCUGGUGUUACUGAGUCACGCUGAGCCCUGGCUACUGACCUCCACAGAGAGUCAGAGAGACCGGCCACACCAAACCCAGCGAGGAGCCUCUGCCUUUGGGGACAGAAAGCACCACAACCCCCUCCUCCGCAAGAGAAGAAUGGUGGCCCCCAGAGAGCAGGAACCACGUAGUAAGAGAGGGAGAAGAGAAACGCUGAUGGAGGAAGAGGAGGUUGAGAAGAGGGAUGAGACACCGGAGGAGGAGGAGGAGGAGGAGGAGAAGAUGCAGCCUGAAGAGAAAGACAGGAACGAGACUGCAGAGGAGAGAUGGAUGAAGAGAAGAGAGGAGGAGGCAGGGAAAGAAGAGAGGGUACAAGAGGAACCAUCAUCUACCAUUGAGACAGAACAGAGCACAGUGGGCGACGGCGAGAAGCCAUUUUCAUCUCUAGCUGAGGAAGAGGAUGGUGAAGCUAGCGGUCUGCGCGAGGAAGAGGAUGGUGAAGCUAGCGGUCUGCGUGAGGAAGAGGAUGGUGAAGCUAGCGGUCUGCGUGAGGAAGAGGAUGGUGACGCUAGCGGUCUGCGAGAGGAAGAGGACGACAGCGGCGGCGUGUGUGACGUGUCGUUCGUCAGUCGUCCGUGGCGUAUCGUGGACGGCAGUCUGAACAGGCCGGUGUGUAAAGGCAUGCUGGACGCUGUCCUCUACCACAUCAUGACCCGGCCUGGUUUACCAGAACACGCCUUACUGGAACACUACAGAGGGGUCCUGCAGCCAGUGGUGGUACUGGACCUCGUGCAGGUAGGAAUGACGACCACACCGGGGCCGUGCACAGACCUUUGGUGGGGCAGCUGA